CACACACACACACACACACACACACACACACACACACACACACACACACACACACACACACACACACACACAUACAUACACACACACAUCUCUACACAUACUUAAACAUUAAGUACACACAUACUACGCUUUUAGGACGACUGAAAAUAUUUAAUCAAUUGGGAAAACGUUGCUAAGAACGUUGCUACAAACUAGAGGGUUCCGUUCCUUUCUCUUUGACGUCAUAUUCGAAGUGUUUGUUUAGAAGCAUAACGUAAGGCAAUGCUACAGUGUUAAUUUAACUUUCUUUCAAAAAAGCUUGAUGGUGUUGAGAGACAAAUGAUACAUGUCAUAGAGGCGCUGCUGGUUACGGUUGGAGCUGCGGCCGCAGGAGUCUUUUUUUAUAUGAGGAGACGUGGGGAUCGAGAAAGUACGACGGAGUCAACGGAUACAUCUCCUACCCAAGCUCCAGUACAGACAGCAGCACCUGUAGACUCUUCCUUGAUGGAUCCCAGCUCCUUCUUUUUAGAGGCUGGGGUUUGUAGUGACGACCCUGAGGACUCUUUGGAUGAACUCGAGGAGAGAUUUGAAAAGGCGAUGGAGCUGAACAGUGAGUUGGAUAUGAACACCUCCUACAUGGCAGUCAGAGAGAAGGGACCGGGAGAACACAUCUCUCAGAUCCAGAAAGGCUAUAGAUACCUCAGGAGGAGACACAAGAAAGUUGCUAAGGCACACAGAAACAUGAAGGUGCACUACAACAGGAUGAAGAGAAAGUACAAUGAGUUACUAAAGGAGCGUGAGCAAGACAAACUCUGUCUGACUCAAGCGAUGGAGUCCAGCGCUAGGCUUGAGAAUGAGAACAUUGACCUGCUCUGUGAGAUGAGCACAUUGCGGUGCUCCAUGCGUCAAUUACAGGACGAACUUGCUGAAACACAGAGGAUAUUUGCUGAAAAAAAUAAGCAGGAGCAAGUCUUCUGGGAUGAAUCGUCAGAUCACGGUCCAAAUUUAACGCACAAUGAAGAGAUACUCGUGGUGUAUCUGACUGAAAGUCAGGAUAACCUCCGGAAAAUGAUAAAGAUAAAUUCUAUGUUGGACCAAGAGAGAGUUAACCUGUGUGACCAAUUGUGUGCACUGCGACACACGGUGAAGGAGCUGGAGGAAAUGCUCUCUGAUUCCGAGAGGAAGUAUGACGCUGUAAAGCAGGAGAAUGAACAACUGAUGCAAAUUCACAAUAUUCUGAAGAUGAGGUACAAAAGGAUGCUGGAGUCUAUAACACAGUGCAAUACGUUCCUAAUGAACUAUUACAAAGAGGACGAAGUGUUUCUCUGAACCCCAGGUCACUGUCAGGGGCAUGUUUAAUACCUGGACAUUAGAGUCAGUAGAGAACCCGAAGAGAGAACUCCGACUUCAUCUCAAAGUGCUACAUCGCUGUCAUCAUACGACUUGGUGGUAAAGAUCUAGGAACAAGCACACAGGAAAAUAUCCAGGUGUAACUCAGUGCCCCUGGUUCCUAUGAGGAAUAAAAACAAUGACAGAAUGACAUGCCGGCGUUCACGGAGGGCAAUAAAUAAAGAAAAUGAAAAUGGAAAUA